AAAACACAACUCCUUCCAUAUGUGAGCGUGCACGAGGUCCAGAUACACACUUACACAUACUGAGAUAAACACUAUUUAAUUUGCCAAGCCAACAAUGAAUUGUAUUUAUGAAGUACCAUCCACGAGAGAAACGACCAAUAACUGAGAAAAAGCGAAAUGAUGAUAAUACAAAUUAGUUUUUGUACAUGCAAAUGCGCCUAGGAUUAAAUGGUUUUGGCUCUAGCAGGAGUAAUUGAGACAUUCACUACCAACAACAACUUAUAAACAAAUCAUCAUCAACUAAACGACAACAAAAUAAUUCAGCUAAUAAGCACAAUAUACACAUGCAAAGAAUCUAGAUCUAAUUAUGUAACUAAUUCUGUAUAGAGUCCGAAAAUGCCUAAGAUCAUAAUGAAAUCCAGCAAGUAAAAUAGUCUUAUUGGUGUUGAUUAAUUGGCCAAAAGCAUCGAAAUGGGCGACGUUACAGGAUUGAGCAAUGCCGAGGCCGACGAGCUGUGCCAGAAGCCGGACCCGUCCACCAAGGAUUUCCUCUUCCAGCAAACCAUGUACCGCAUUAAGGAUCCACGCCGGUCGCUGCCCUUCUACACGGGCGUCCUUGGCAUGACCUUACUGGUGAAACUGGAUUUCCCCGAGGCUAAGUUCUCGCUGUACUUCCUGGGCUACGAGAACGCCGCCGACGUGCCAAAGGAUCCCAAGGAACGACGCAGCUGGGCAAUGAGCCGUAAAGCCACCAUUGAGUUGACCCACAACUGGGGCACUGAGAGCGAUCCGGAUCAGAGCUACCACACCGGCAAUACCGAUCCACGUGGCUUCGGACACAUUGGAGUCAUGGUGCCCGACGUGUACGCCGCCUGCCAACGCUUCCAAGAGCUUGGCGUUGAGUUCGUAAAGAAGCCCGACGACGGUCGUAUGAAGGGACUGGCCUUCAUCAAGGACCCGGACGGCUACUGGAUCGAGAUCUUCAAUGCACACUCCGUCUAGUCUGGCAGAUAGUUUUAAUUUGAUUGUGCAUCUGCCACUGUUCCUUAAUAGCGAUUCCCACCACUGAGCUACCGAGUGGAGUCACUACAAUAAAUGAGAAAUUGUGUAAUAA